GGUGCAGCACGGCCAGCACGGCCUGCACGGCCAGCGCCCGGCCGAGCGGCGGAGGGAAGACUUCCACCAGCGCCGCUCCGUCUCCUCGAACGCCAUCCCCGUCAGCAGCACCAGCAGCAACACCACCAACAGCAGUAGCGGCAGUCACAGUACCGACACCGCGACGCCCACCGUCAUCCUCAGGCACUUCGCCAGCACCGAGUCCAUGUCAGGGGGCGACUCGACCGACGGGCUGUACCCGUCCAGUCCGGACUCGGACACCAACGUGCAGAUCUUCGAGUACCUGCGGACCAACUGCCGCACGGAGGAGUACGUGGACAAGAUCGUCCCCAGCAUCGUCAAGGACCCGCGGCGGCUCAAGGACAUGCCCGAGCUGUCCAGGACGCUGACGAGGCUGCCGGAGGGCUCGGCGCGCGAGAAGGACAUCCUGGAGGACCUGGGCCACAAGAGCGUGCAGGACGAGGAGGAGGACGAGGACGCCGUGGAGGCGGCGCGGCGCGGCGCCGCCAAGGCGUCGUCCGUCGUGUCGCUGCCCGUGAACCUGCUGCGGUACCUGGACGAGUCCCGGUGCACCACGCCGCACGUCCCCCGCCGGAGGAUGUCCACGCUGUCGCUGUCGUCGCUGUCCUCGCUGUCGCACCGGCUGCCGCUGCCGCGCCACCUGCGCCAGCUCACCGUCAAGAACAUCAAGCUGAGCCUGGGCAAGCUGUGCCGGCGGCGGACCGUGGUCAUCACCGAGAGCGACCCCACCUACAAGGUGGCCUACCUCGGCAACGUGCUCACCGGCUGGGCCAAGGGCGAAGGCUGCGCCGAGAAGCCGCUCUCGACGCUGUGGAAGAACUACACGUCGUCGAGCAAGCCCGACGUGAACAUGAAGGUGGCGGUGACGCGGAGCGGCCUCAAGGCCACCACCCGGGAGCACGGCCUCACCGAGUACUGGAGCCACCGCAUCACGCACUGUGCCGCGCCGCCGGCCUUCCCCCGCGUCUUCUGCUGGGUGUACCGCCACGAGGGCCGCAAGCUGAAGCAGGAGCUGCGCUGCCACGCCGUGCUGUGCGCGCGCGAGGACCAGGCGCGGCGGAUGGCGACCCAGCUGACGGAGCGGCUGGCGCUGGCGUUGCUGGAGUUCCGGCGCGACAAGCAGAGCCGCGAGCAGGCCCGGCUGUCGCUGGCCAACGCCCUGCACGACAACCCCUCGCUGCCGCAGCGCAAGCUGCUGCUGUCCACGGGCGCCUCCAACUACCGGCCGCCGCUGGAGCGCUCCAAGUCGGCGCCCAAGCUGGGCUCCAUCGAGGAGGCCGCCGAGGAGGACGACGACGUGCUGGUGUUCGGCCACCCCCGCGCCGUGGCGCGCUUCCUGCGCGACGAGCGGCUGGCCAGCGUGCGGCGGCAGCGCUUCCGAGACAGCCUGCGCCGCAAGAUCGCCACGCGGCUCGAGGCCGAGGACGCCCUGCCCGAGGACCCCAUGCGCGAGGACCCGCGGCGCGAGGUGCUCACCGUCGUCCGGGUCAACUCGAUCGAGGAGGUGCCGGACCCGGAGCCCUCCCUGGCCGCGUCUCUGGAGGAGCGCGCCGCACCGCUGCCGCUGCACCAGCUCGUGAGCCCCGCCAGCGCCGUGAGCGCCGCCAGCCCCGCCGCCGUGCAGGCGCGCGUGCAGGCGCUGUCCCUGCUGGACGGCGAGGACGCCGGCGACGCCGCGGAGAGCGACGAGGGCUCCAGCAGCCUGCAGAGCAUCUCCUCGGACGGCGCCAUGUCCUUGUCGCACUCGCACAGCCGCACCGACUCGGGCGAGGACUUCUGCCUGGGCGCGGACGCCAGCAAGACCUCCCGGCUGCACCUCCACCACCACCGCCACGACGCGGACCUGCACGCGCACGGAGACGCGCACGAUGACGACGCCCUGGUGUGGGAGGGGGGCGUGGCUGAGGGGGAGCGCGACGACUUCGACGACAACGUCAGCGACGAGAGCGGCUACGUGGAGGCGCCUUCUGAAGCCCUCCUCCGGUGCCACGCCCUCGGCCAGGGCCUCGGACAGGGCCUCGGACAGGGCCUCGGACAGGGCCUCGGACAGGGCCUCGGACAGGGCCUCGGACAGGGCCUCGGACAGGGCCUCGGCGAGCGCUUGGAGCAGACCUCAGACAAGGCGUGCCCCAAACCCAAGGCCCGUGCCGCGCCGCCGCUGCCGAUCUUGGCCUCUGCCCGACCGCUGCGGCCAGCUCUGCGACAGGGGCUGCAAGUUUGACUGGGUGACAGGGCGACGGGCUACAGCAUCUGGCUCUAGAAGUACCAAAGGCAACCGCUGCACUCAGCUUUACAAACCACUAUUUGUCUUUCACUUUAUUGAAAUUUUCCCAAUGACUAUGGUGUCUGAGAACCACCCCUUUUGUACGUUUUAAUGACUUUGACCUAAGAAAUGUUCUUUUUUUACCAGUUUUGGUUAUUUCUUAGAACUUUGAAAAAAAAUUCCCCCUUGUUUUAAACCUGUUUUUGGGUACCUGGUGCUGCUGGCCUUUCGUUUUCUGCACAAAAUAAGCCGUGUCUAACUUGUGAUCGCCUUGGAGGGAGUCGUUUGUUACGCUUCAAUCAAAGAUUCAGUUAUAUUGUUGCCAUGGAGGAGUCUGAUAGAACACAUCAAGUGUUCACUCAGCCACCUCUUCUUCUUAGGUUUCUGUUUGUUUUUGUUUAUUUGUUUUAUUGUGCUACAGAUGAGAAUUUUAAAGGUUCUAUUGAUGAGAAGGACACCCUCUGGGAAUAGAGUUAACACUAGCAAGACGGAUCUGGAGCCAUUUUAAAGUGUGUUUGGGGUAAAUGAAUCUGCUUCCACUAUCUGUCAGUUGCUUAUUCCAUUUGUAGGUGUUGUGGAUUGUAUGUUAUGAUCAGUUAUGUUACCAUUUAUAAUUAUUUAUGAACUGUUAAAAAAAUUAUGAGCCAUUGCGACAUUUUCCUGUAAUCACUUUUAUGUCCCUAUGACCCUGAGAUGUCCUAAUUCUUGUAUUUUUAAAACAUUCCUCAGCUUAAUGUUAUUUCUUGAUAUUACAUGUCAACUUUGACUGUGGAAGCGUCUCUUGUUAAAAGCAAAGGAGCUAUCACUGAAUUAUUUACUGACAAAUAUUGACCUAGUGCUAACUGGUAAAUUAGAAGUGUUUUUUAUGUACCUCAUUGACGACUCAAGUAGGCUUUCAAGCAAAAUGUAUUUGAAAGAAUGAUAUGUGCAACUAAUUACGCAUGCCUGAGUCGCAGGAAAAAAAAUCCCAUCUCUAGUCGUGCUAACUGAGGAUGCGCUCAAAUUUUCUCAUAAAAUUUACAUUGUAUGGAUAUGGGGCUGGAAGUGGUUGAAUGUGCCACACAAAAGCCAUUGACUUGCUGUAAAACUGAUACAGUGUAAAUAGUGUGUGAAAGUGCUUGAAUUAUUUAAAUUGUGAGUUCUGCUUCCAUGUUUGAAGUAUUAUGAACAGUUGUGAUUAAAUUCUAUGCCAGUUAGAGUUCACCUCCUCUCAUUUUUCUACAAAGGCUUUUUCAGUGAUACCUUUAUAUUUGGAGGAUAGAAAAAUCAAAUCUAUUGAAAUUUGAGAUUACCUAGAUAGAAAGAUGAAAUUCCUUGUCCUGAAUCCGUUAAUUAUUUUAGUCUUUGGCAGAUCUGUCUGUGAUUGGUUUGUAUGAAUAUUUAUAAUGCUACUUUAAGUUCUCCUCAUUAGGAUUAGGAUUAAAACAUGAGUGUUUAAGAAAAUGAUAAAAGUCUGAGGUGCUGUUAUAGUUGGUGACAAGCAUGGACUCACUAACUGAGUGAGCUCAUAUUUUGUCAAAGUUGUAGUGCACAGUGUGGAGUUAUUAAUAAGAUUGAAUUGAAUCUGUCAAGUGAUGCUAUGCCGCUAAAUGCAUGUUUUUUGCUUCUGUUCUCUAUGAUAUAGUACAAAUUGAGAUAUCCUCAAAUAGCAAACAUUCUUCUAUGUGAUUGCGUUUUAAGGUUGCGUAUUUCAUUUUAUUUGUUUGGACUCCGUUUGAACUCUUGUCUUUGUGACCUCAUUAUUUUAUCUUGAAGAUCUAGAAGAGGUCUCACUGAGGUAAUGCUGAGCUUCAGGUGACUUCAUUUUUUGUUUUUUUGGUUUUCUGAUUUCCUAAAAAAAUUCAAUCAUGCACAUGCAGACUUUCUCGAUACAUUUUGUCCCUCCCUUUGUUUCUCUGUUGAAGUGUUACUUCAUUAGUCACAACCACACAGUUUCUAGGUGUAAAUAUUGUUAAUAAAAAUGAAAAUAUACAUGAUUUCAAAAUGUUAUUAUGUUUUGAGAUUUAUUAAAUAAAUAAAUAACUGAUGUGGGAAGUA